AUGGGAGGAAAUGAAAGUGCCAUGGCAGGAGCGCAUGGAACUCCUAGUGACAUGUGCCUUCCAGUCGUCGGUACCAGAAUGAAUGAUGAAAAGGUAAUGUCCCAGCUACGCGCAGCAUCGCAAUUAAAAACACCAACGAAAAGAAACCACAUAGUUCGAACAGCAUUUACGGCGAUAUGGUCUCAAAUACAACCCAAUGGGCCUCUAACGCCUCAUUCGCGCGUAGGUCAAUUUUAUUCAACUUGUACUGAACUUGGAAUAGCAAUUACAGGUUUAGGAAUUACGGACGAUAAUACAUACCUCAACGAUAUUUGGGCUCUCAAUCAACAGACGCUAACAUGGACAAAUCUUCAAAUUACAGGCGAUCAAAUUUCUCCACGUGCUAACGCAAGGGCCACAUGUCUCGGUCAUAUUCUUUAUAUAUUUGGCGGUGCUUGUGAGCCUGUAUUUUAUAACGAUUUAUUUUCUAUCGACCUUACAACAGGACAAUGUACAUUAAUACAAACCACUGGUGACAUUCCAUCCCCGAGGAGCGCGCCAAUAGUUGGUGGCCUAGACGGAAAAAUUUACGUUUGGGGAGGUUACGAUUCCCUUUGGCCUUCUGACCUCCACGUUUUAGAUUUAAGUACUAACGUCUGGAAAGCCUAUCCUCAAGAGAUCCAAGGCAGGACAGGUGUUGGCUACACGUUAGUCGGCGACAAGAUCUACUGUUUCGGCUCUGCGAAGACCGGCGGACUUCUUCAGAUAGAUUUAACAGAACUUAAAGUUUCUCUCGUUCAGACAACUGGCGCUGAGCCGCCAUCGUCACUGGCCAACAGCUCAAUGAUAUUCUUCGACCAUUAUUUGAUAGUGAUCGGAGGAAAAUUUCACGUUGACUGGACACUUAUAUACGCUUGCGAUAUUACUAGAUUUUGGUGGUUUGUGCUACACGUGCUGCCUGAUGGCGAAACUGUGUCGCAAACUGACGGAUGCGUGAGCGAUCUUGGAUUGUUCAUGCUGCCGCGCGCGCACUCAAUGGGAGCCUCGUGGUGCCCGACAAGAAGGGAAAUCGUCACGUUCUUGGGUUUCCCAACAAAGGAUCCUCCACCUUUGUAUAUAUUAUCUGUUGGAGAAGCAAUGGGCGUUCUCAAUAUGCGUUCUGAUAUGUUAGAAAUGCUGAAGCACUAA